AUGGAGCCGCCAUUGAUCGAUGACUUGGCCGACGACCUCCAGAGCGUGAGCUUCACUUCCACCGGCACCGCCACGACCGCCACGCUCCACCGGAGCACGAGCUCCGGCUCGUCGUCGUCGGCCACCCUCACCCCCGCUCCCUCCGCGCACACUUCCUUCUCUUCCAAGCCGGCUACCACCAAGAAUCAGCCGCUGACGUUCUCGGAUCUCCGAUUCACGCUCCGCCUUGGCUCCGGCGACAUCGGCUCCGUCUACCUGGCGGAGCUCAAGAAAUCGGCGUCCACCGCGGACGCCGGCGGCGACGAGAUCGCGAUCUUCGCGGCGAAGGUGAUGGACAAGAAGGAGCUGGUGAGCAGGAGCAAGGAAGGGAGGGCGAGGACGGAGAAGGAGAUCCUGGAGAUGCUGGACCACCCGUUCCUCCCGUCGCUCCACGCCGGCAUCGAGUCGCCGCGGUGGAUGUGCCUGUUGACCGAGUUCUGCCCCGGCGGCGACCUCCACGUGCUCCGCCAGCGCCAGCCGCUCAAACGGUUCGACGAAGCUGCCGUCAGAUUCUACGUAUCAGAAGUUGUGGUGGCGUUGGAGUACCUCCACAUGUUGGGAAUCGUCUACCGCGACCUGAAGCCGGAGAACGUCCUGGUCCGUGCCGACGGCCACAUAAUGCUCACCGACUUCGACCUCUCCUUAAAAUGCGACGACACGGCCUCAACCCCACAAGUAAUAAUCCCAUCCCAAAACCCGCCGGCCGGAGUCGCACUUAACAAAACCGACUUCACCGUCGCCGAUCAACGCCCUCAUUUCACAUCCUCUUCGUGCAUCAUCCCCAGCUGCAUAGUCCCCGCCGUCUCCUGCUUCCACCCAAACCGAAAGCGAAAGAAGAAGAAGCCCACCAGCCACCACCGGGCCGCCGGCCCGGAAUUCGUGGCCGAGCCCGUGGACGUCCGGUCCAUGUCGUUCGUCGGCACCCACGAGUACCUGGCGCCGGAGAUCGUGUCCGGCGAAGGGCACGGCAGCGCCGUCGACUGGUGGACGCUGGGGAUAUUCAUGUACGAGAUGGUCUACGGUGUGACUCCUUUUCGAGGCGUGGACCACGAGCUGACGCUGGCCAACGUUGUGGCCCGGGCGCUGGAGUUCCCCAAGGAGCCCGCCGUGCCGGCGGCGGCGAGGGACUUGAUCUCGCAGCUGCUGGCGAAGGAUCCGGCGAGGCGGCUUGGGUCGACGACGGGGGCGUCGGCGAUUAAGAAGCACGCGUUUUUUCAUGGGGUGAAUUGGGCUUUGUUGAGGUGUGCUAAGCCGCCGUAUGUGCCGCCGCCGUUUAGUCGGGAUGUUGUGUCGGAUGAUAGUUGCCCAGGGACUCCGGUUGAGUAUUAUUAA